UACCAAAAAGGGACGCGUUAUUUGUCCCUAUUAUAAUGAUGGCACGCGAAGUUCUCAGGCCUUUGUCUCGAACAAUGCCACCCAUUUUAAGCGCCUCUUAUGCCUUUUCGGAAUCUCUUUGACUCCUUUCAUACUGAAAUCCUCUCUGAAUAUUGGCGAACAUGCCCCCCCAAUUCGCUAUCCCUGCUUUGACCAGCCAUCCUUUAUUAUACACUCCCCCGCUCACGCGUUCACCUUCACCCAAUGAAUCACUCGAUUCACACCAUGGGGACGACAAGACUUCGUAUUCAGACUCGGAAUCUGUUAUUUCGCAGUCGGGGUUCGACACGAAACAUGAUCAUCGCUUAAAAUUGUAUCAACCAAGGCCAGAAGAAGAAGAGGCCAAUCAACUUGUCUUGAUUGAGCGACCUACCACGCUCUCUGAAGCGGAGGAAUUGGCGGCGCAAAUUGUGGACAGCUUGCGCCGUGAAGUGAGAAUGGUCGAGGAGAACGAGAUGCUUGAACAACAAAUAAUGUUCCGCGGAUCCAGAAUUGGGACGGAACGACCCCAGUCUAACAUGGGUGUAGAUGAAAUCAUGCAGAGCAUGAUGCCAAAUUCUCAGAGACAGGCCACUAGACAACCGCCAGGCCGUCUGUUUAUUGCCAACAAGGCUCCUUGGGCUAUGGAUGGCGGCCCUACCCAGGGGUACGGGACAUCGGUGCCGGGGCGAUCACCCGCAAACGGGUCGCCACAACCAUCCAGAAAACGUGGAAAAGGAAAGAGGAAAGUGUAA